AUGUUCAGGGAUGUAUCUAGCUGCAACACUUACAACUAUGGCGACGCCUUGUAUUGGGACGCCCGUUACGUCCAGGAAGCUGAGAGCUUCGAUUGGUACCAGCGUUACUCUUCUCUUCGUCCCUUUGUUCGUCGUUAUAUCCCUACUUCUUCUCGUGUCCUCAUGGUUGGCUGUGGCAAUGCCCUUAUGUCUGAGGACAUGGUCAAGGAUGGAUAUGAAAAAAUAAUGAACAUUGAUAUUUCAUCAGUGGCCAUCGACAUAAUGAGAAGAAAAUACAAGCACUUCCCUCAGCUCAAUUACAUGGAAAUGGAUGUUAGAGAUAUGAGCUUCUUCCCAGACAAAUCUUUCGAUGGUGUCAUCGACAAGGGGACUCUUGAUUCUUUGAUGUGUGGCAGUGAUGCUCCUAUCAGCAGUGCCAGAAUGCUGGGGGAAGUAAGCAGGCUUCUUAAACCUGGAGGAAUUUAUAUGUUGAUAACCUAUGGUGAUCCUAAAGUAAGGAUGCCUCAUUUGACCGGGUCCAUUUACAAUUGGAAAAUUGCAUUGUACAUAAUACCUAGACCAGAUUUUGAAAAACCAGCUGGUGGUUCAUCAAACUCACAUUUGGAACCUGUUUCCAUUACCGGCACCGGCAUACUACCAGCAGAUUUUGUUUUGGAAGAUCCAGAUUCUCACUUUAUAUAUGAGCGAACAAUAUCUGAACCCACUGGAGAAAAGCCAGUGAAACAGGCGUUCCGUGUACCAUUUGUAGAAGUGGAUUCUGGUUUGUAG